AUUACGCAUUUGCUAAAUGCUUCUAAAAUCCAGGGGCUACAGCAGAAAUUACUGCGACCAGUGGAUUUGCGUGAAUUUACAAAGUACGAAUCCAAUCUGGGGUUUCGAUUUGGCUGUUUCUCUGUAAUCGUUGGCGAGAGAUGGAGGAGAUUCUAGCUCUGAUGAUCUCGAUGCUUCUCAUCGCGGCGGUGAUUCCGUUGUACCUGUGGAAGCGCCGGCAAGAUGCUCGAUCUCCCGAGGAACAGACCGAUCCAAGACAGGCUCAGCAGCGUGGUGAAAACGUGGUUCGUGCAACUGGUGCGCGUAGGAUGCGUCGGAGACCUGCAGCUUCAGGUGCUAGUACCUCCGCAUCCAAUGAGGAAGGAAACAUCAGUGGUAGUGAAGAUGAGGAUGAAGCAGGUGGGUAUUAUCAAGCCAAAGCAUCAAAGAAGAAAGAAAAGAAGCGACAGGAAAGAGAAGCACAAAAACAGUCUGAGGAAGCUUCACGUGAGUCAAGGCUGACAAAGCAAGAUCGUUAUGCGGAAAUGCGUAGGAGGAAGGAUGAGGAGCAUGAGGCACGGGAGCGUAUGUUGGAGGAAGAAGAAAAAGCACGAAAGGCCAAGGAAGAGGAAGCUGCAGCUUUAGAGUUUGAAAAAUGGAAAGGGGCAUUUUCUGUUGAUGCUGAAGGUACUACAGAGGAAGUGAAGGAUGGAAAUCAGGAUUUACUUUCCGAAUUUGUUGAAUACAUAAAGAAACAUAAAUGCAUUCCACUUGAAGAUCUAGCUGCAGAAUUCAAUCUACGAACUCAGGAAUGUAUAAACAGGAUCGGUUCUUUGGAAAGCAUGGGCCGCCUCUCAGGAGUCAUGGAUGACAGAGGGAAGUACAUAUACAUAUCCCUGGAAGAGAUGAAAGCCGUUGCGGAUUACAUCAAACGGGAAGGAAGAGUCGGUAUCUCACAUCUUGCAAGCAAGUCCAACCAGUUCAUAGAUUUGGAAACCAAAGUACAACAACAGUUCAUCGAAGAAGCAAGCGGCAUGGAAGAGGUCUAAAUUUUCUUGUCUUAGUCCUCUCUUAAGUAACAAUAAACCCCUCUUCUCCAUGUGUCUGAGGGCAAAUUAUGGCGCUACUAAGAAGGAUUCAAUCUUAAUGAUGCCAGCAAUGAAUCUUUGCUUUUA